UUUAAUUUCAUCCUGCUUUUCGUAUAUACCCCCACACCAUUGUGUAGUUACUUAGCAAAAAAAAAAAAUCUAUUAAAAUACGAGUAAUGUAAUAAAUGUAUCCUAGGUAUGUUAUUUAUAUAAAAAUAUGAACUUCAUCAGCUGGGAAUGAUGUCAGCCAAUCAGAAAAGGCGUAGUGUCAGUUUUUCGUCUGCGAAGUAGAGGUAACAUCAAAGAAGUUCCACGCGGCAGUUUGUCAUUUAUCUUCAAACAGGAGCUCCCAUUUGUGAAGAAAUCCUUGUGAUGUAUAUAACAAUAUUAGUAAGUUUGGUGCUUUUGGUCAUCAAUGGUAUAGUAUGUCCACCAGUAAAACCGGGCACCAAGCCAAAAGAAGGUGCAUCAGUCAAUGAUACCAAUGAAACAGGACUUGCUUAUGACCGUUACUUAAAUGAAAUUGUUAAUGUUUUGGAGGAUGAUCCAGCCUUUAAGAAAAAAUUAGAAACUUCUGAUCUUCAGUAUAUAAAGAGUGGUGCAAUAUCAAAAGACUUAGACUUGGUGCAUCUUGGCAUUCGGAAAAAAUUGGAUGAGAUUAAGCGAAGAGAAGUAAUCCGUCUGAAAUCUCUUGUCCAAGAGCAGUUUAAAUAUAAAUCUGAAGAAAGAAAUGGUAGAAAAGUGGCUUUGCAUCAUGUCAAUUUGGAUAAUCCACAUUCAUUUGAAAAAGAAGACUUGGCAAAACUCAUCAAACAGGCUACUCAUGAUUUGGAUGAAUUGGAUCGAGAGAGGAAAGAAGACUUUAAACAAUAUGAGAUGAAGAAGGAGCAUGAAAUAAAACAAAAAUUAGCUAAUCUGAAUGAAACUCAACGAAACAUUGAAGUUCAACAUAUAAAAGAAAUGAAAGAAAAACAUAAGCAACAUCCCAAAAUACAUCAUCCGGGUAGCAAAGCCCAGCUGGAGGAAGUCUGGGAAGAAGUUGACCGUCUAAAUGGUGAAAACUUUAAUCCCAAGACCUUUUUCAAGCUACAUGAUGUCAAUGGUGAUGGUGUCCUGGAGCCAAGUGAAGUUGAAGCUCUUUUUACAAGAGAGAUUGAAAAGAUGUAUGAUCCAAAUAAUCCCGAGGAUGAUAUGAAAGAAGCCAAAGAAGAAAUUAAUCGGAUGAGGGAACAUGUUUUCAAAGAAGCUGAUACUGAUGACAACCAUCUUUUGGAUGAAAAAGAGUUUGAACGUCUUACUCAACGAGAAGAGUUUGGAAAAGAUGAAGGAUGGAAGGGCUUGGAUGAAGAUGAUGAAAUAUAUUCAGAAGAAGAAAUGCAACAAUAUGAGAAGAUGUUACGUGAAGAAGAAGAGCGCCUUAAAAAGCAACAAAUCUAUGACAAUUUGGCUCAACCAGGACAAGUGGUGCAGCCUGUGGAUCCAAACGUUGUUCAUAUGCAGCAACCACAUCAAGAACAACAACAACAACAGCAGCAGCAUCAGGAGCAACAAAAUCUGCAGUAUGCACAUCAAGAAAAUCUCAGGCAACAGCAAUUGGCUGCUGCUCAACAUCAACAGCAGUUUGCUCAACAGCAAGCUGCUUUACAUCAACAGCAGCAACAGCAGCCUGUAGGUCAUCAGCAACAACAGCCUGUGGGUUAUCAGCAACAACAACCUGUAGGUCAUCAGCAACAACCUGUAGGUCAUCAACAGCAACAACAGCCUGUAGUGCAACAGCACCAGCAGCAGCAGCCUGUAGUUCAGCAGCAGCAACACCAACCUGUUGUUCAGCAGCACCAAUAAAACUAUGUUGGGUAACAACAAUUAGCAAAUCCUUUGUAAGUCAACCUCCCCACUCGACUGCAGUCAGGUUCCCUAUAUCAUCCUUUACUUUUCUGGAGCAAGUCAUUAAAAUGGUUGUCUAGGGCUGGACAAUUUCACCUUAAUUUUUUUUUUUUUGAUUCUUCAGAAACUGUUUUGUUGAAAUCUAUGUGUGUAUACACCUCUUUCCUCAUACACACACAUAUGCAGAUAUACACUUAUAUCAUUGUUUGAGUGAUAUUCUUUUUCCUUUGCUUAUUCAUGUUUUCCUUUGUUUUUAUCAGUUUGUUAAAUCCCCUCCCCACCACCACAAAAAAACCCCAAGAAAACAAUGAUGCAACAUGAUGUCUUGUAGGUGCAUUAUUUUAAAUUUGUCUACAUGUGACAUUUUACUGUAAGGACAACAAGCAUUGAUUCUGGUGUUUGUGUUAUACUGCUCAAUUGAAUAGUUGCGGAUGGUUUUACAAUAAUCUGAACCUCUCAUAUAUAUAUAUAUAUAUAUAUAUGUAUGUAUGUAUAUAUGUAGGUAGCACUUGGAUUAUGGAUUAAAAUAUAUAAUGAAAUUAAUGACAUUUGAAUUGCAUUUUUGUUCACCCUAAGAAUAUUUAAUGUUUGCUAUAGCUUGGAAUUUGUAUAUAAAAUUUAGUUAAGUUUCAUUUUUGUUAAGGACAAUAUAUAUUUAUUGAGUCAGUUGACAUUUAUCUUAUAUAUUGUUAAAUUUUUUUCCAUUUAUGAAUAAACUUUUAAUUAAGUAAACUUCAUAUAAGGUUCUAGUUUUCUUUUAGAAAAAUUUGGUUUUCUGUUCAGCAUUGUCCCUUCACCCCCAUUAACUUGAUCUCUCAUGUUAAAUAUGUAUUUUACAUUGCUCAACUUUAACAAUAUGGUAUUACCACACCACAAAGCUUCUCUGAUUGAAUUGGUGUUUUUAUAUACAUCUUUCAGAAUGUUGCUGUAUAUAUUUACCAUAUAUGAACAGAGAAGUUUAACAAUAAUGAAUUUUAUAUGUAGGUUAUGGUAUUUCAGUGUCGACAUAUAAACUGUAUUUCAUACAGUUUUUGAAGCCGCUGAUUCAUCUAAAUGAGUUUAGCAUUAGUAUUGUUUUGCUAGGAAAAAAGGAGUAAAAUCAAAAGCUUAUUGACAUUAGAAUAUUUUCCUGAUUGAUUUGAAUUUUGAGAAUAAUAAUAAAAAGUUAUAUAAAAAUAAAAGGAAUAAAAAUUGGUUUUCAAAUAGACAGGAAAUAUAUUGAAUACUAUAUUCCAGUAACUGACCUGAGAUGCAUUUCAUUUUAUUCCAAUUUAUGUUAGUAUUAAAUUGGAUGCUUAUUCUGCUGAUGUCUUAUCCUGUUUUGUUAUAUCAGAAACAGUGAUAUCAUUGUUUCUUUUUAUAGAUUUGUAUGUCACAAACAAUUGCUUCAUUUGUGUUUUUAUGACUUGUAUUCAAUGUUUAAGAAUAAAAAAAACAAAAAAAAGGUUGAUAUUUGGG